AUGUACCAUUCGCCCUUUCGACAAGUGGUCCACACUAAUUUUGCGCCAUCCGACGCUGAAAUCAUCGAGAUACGAGAUUUUCUAAAGACACCAUACGAGCGACUACCAGCCCUUGAUGCGAGGGUCCAAACACUCUUGAACCAGCUGGAAGAUGCAGUGAAGGAACGCGAUCAAGUGAAAGAGCUUAUUGUCGACCAUGAAGCUUUGCUCUCACCUAUUCGCAGGGUCCCGAUUGAUGUUCUGAGGCUUAUCUUCAUCCACACAUUACCGGACACACGAAACACGGCCCUCAGUGACAACGAGGGACCUCUUCUUCUCUCGAGAGUAUGCAAAGAGUGGAGAGAAAUCACACAUACGACGCCUCAGCUGUGGUCUUCGCUACACAUCGUUGUCCCCACUACCGAACCGUACAUCAGCAAUUUGAAACGAAUGCUGGAUACCUGGCUGGUCCGCUCUGGCGCUAUGCCACUGUCUGUAAAAAUCUUUACUGGAAAUUCUAGCUUCCUCAGGCUCUACCACCACCACCGUACUCCGCCAAGACCUCCUCCAGUGAUCUCACUAUUAGCACCUGUCAGCUCACGAUGGCGGAAUAUGGCAAUGACGAUCCACCGAAUAGAAGACCUGGAAACACUCGAAUCAUUAAGUAAAGAGGACGUGCCUCUCCUCGCUGACCUCGAUCUCUCCUUCGAUUAUCGACUUGCAAACAGUGCCAGCGCCGAAGAGCAUCAAACACUUGAUGCGCGGUGUAGUUUUAAAUUUGUCGCUACUCGUCAACUUCGCAGAUUCUUCUUUCACGGGACAUAUACCCGUCUACCAAGAACACCACAAUGGGGAAACCUUCGCAUUCUCAAGCUCGCUCUCUCGGAUAACCCACAAACCUCUAUCACAUUCCCUUUCCCAUUCUUACACCAGUGCACCUGCCUCGAAUUGCUAUACGUUCAUAUCCGUCGGUACAACCUCUUAUACGACGCCAAUAGUGAUGAAAUCGUCCAUCUACCUCUCUUACGGUCCCUGCAACUCGAACUACCCAUGAUUCGACCAAAUGAAGCGGUCAACCGAAUUCUCGAUCGAUUUUCGCUUCCCCAAUUGGCACACCUUCAUCUGUCUCGCAAGACUUCUCAAAGUCUUGAUAAGCAGAUGUUUCGGGUUAUACCACACCUCAGGCAACUAACUAUGACUGCAGAUGGCAUACUUUCCGACACACUGUUAGAGGCACUAUCAGUUUUACCAGUGCUCCAGCACCUGCGCAUGCUGGGCGAGCCUCGUUUACCCAACGUCAAUGCCGAGCCAGUCGCACAUGGGCCGAAUGGCAUGGUAGUGACCGUCGAGCCGGCACGAAACCAAAUCGAUCCCGAUUUCCUUCGUGCUUUCCUUCCCCAUACUGAUUCCACCCUUCUAUGUCCCAGCCUCCAGUGUCUGGAGAUUGCCAAUGCCUGUGCUCUCGCAGACGAGUUGAUUGUCCAAUUUCUUUUGGCACGGACAUCUCCCACAGUGCCUACCCGGCUCGUACGCUUCAACUGUACCUUGAACCGCGCGGCGCAGGGCGGGGUGCAAGGACAUUUGGUGGAUGUUUUGUCGCAGGGCUUCCGGCUCGGAAUAACUUAUUAUCCACCGCCACUCCCCAAAACAACCUAUUCACCAUUGGAAGGAGCGGCUCUAUCCGAAUCUCAAGGAGAACCAAGGCUCGGGCAAGACUGGGGUGGGAGCGAUGACUUUGAAAUGUUUUUUCUAUGA